AUGUUCAAGAAUGAGAGUGAUGUCGUCGCGAAGAAGGCAGAGAAGCGCUACGAGGUGUUGGCGAAGCAAAAUGCCCCUCCAUCCUCGACCAAGAAAGAACCAUUAUUGCCAGAGCGUACCACUUCGGAGGCCUGGGAAUCCAACUUUGGUUGGCUUAAUCAGAACGGCAGCACGCAUGUCGUGCACACGCGCUACCCCACGCCGGAAAGCAUGAUUCGCGAAAUCGUGCCCUCGAUUGAGGAUCAGGCACUGGGAUUCUUCAUUGGCAAUUAUGUUGCGCAACCAACGUUUGUUCCUAGAGGCCAAUUCGAAUGGGUCACGGAACUUCUCGCUCAACCCGUCACCGAAGAUAUAUUGCGCCAUAGCGUGAAUGCUGCUACUUUAGCUGGCUUUGCAAAUGCUACAAAGAGCCCGAGUAUCAUGAAACAGGCACAAACAGCACGUCUCUUCCAUCAGUUCUACGGUGUUAUCAUGCUAGUCGCUCUUGAGACAGGUAGACCUGUGCAUCAAGGAAUACACGACCUCUAUCAGAUCAUGACGCCCACAUCCGACUACAGCAUCCACGGUCGAGCAUGGACAACCCGUUUGGUCGAUGUCAUGCACGCUGGCAUUAAUCUGAACAGAGACAAUGAUGCGGAUCCGAAAACCAUGGUCAUUGCCGCCAUGAACCUUGACCGUGAGAUAGAUGAGAUCAACGCACUCAUGCCUAGCGUUUGGGACUUCGAAGUUGUCCACCUUGAACAAUCGUCAGAACACCUGCAUGGGAAAGUUUACCACAUAUAUUUGGACCCCUGGAUCGCCCAGAUGUGGAACAACGUCAAGUCGUGCCGAUUGUGUCUUUUCAAAAUCGUCCGCGAAAACCUCAACAAGGGCUGGGCACAGCACGAUCCGCCCUUGUUUACACAAAAUGAAUAUGAAGCGGUUAAAAGCACCGCAGAGGAAAUCUCACGGUGUACAGUGGCAGAAAUCGUAGCUUCGGUACCUCAAAUCAUAGGCAUGGUUCCGUUUCCAGACGUUGAUACAGCCAGACGACGCGCAUCAGACCCGAACAUUGACGUAACAAGCCCUGCACACAAAAUCAGGCCGCCGGGUACAUUCAUCGAUGCGACACGGUCGACUCAUAUGCUACAUCUGAUAUGGCCUCUAUAUGCGGCUGCAGGCUUGGAUCUGGUAACGAGCGAAAUGCGGCAGUGGUCUAUCGAAAUCUUGCACUACAUCGCUUUGCGGCUAGGAAAUAGACAAGCCGUUGUUUUGGCAGAUGAACUCAAAGAGGUGCAGCGCACUGGUAUAUUCACUACGCCCUAUGCCGACCGCACGGCUGUUCCUACAUCUCCGUACAAUCGACUCGGCAGGAUCAUCACAGAGGAGGCUUAA